AUGGAUUUGCAGAUGCCGGGCAUGGAUGGGCUGGAGGCGACUCGGAGGAUCCGAGCGCGGGAGAGGGCUCAGGGCGGGGGGCACGUGGCCAUCAUUGCGCUCACAGCGGAUGUGAUUGCCGGCACGCGCCAGCAGUGCUUUGCCCUAUUAGUACGACCUCCUAAAGCCGCCAAGGCCAAGAUGUCGCUGCGACCCGCGUUCGUCCUCGCUGUGCUGCUCUCUCUCACCUGCAGCGCCGUCGCCGGCCGCCAUCUGCUCCAAACUGCCAACACUUUCUACCACGCAACGUCUAGCAUGACCUCUACGGGCAAAAUGACUGCCUCGCUCACGCUGGACGCUAACGUCACAACCACAUACCAAGUUACCAACUUCACGAUCCGCAUUUCAGGUGCACCCGUCUCGUCAGCCACAACAAUCACCAAUCCGAGAGUCUACACCUACGGAACUGGCGCCACAGUGGCCGAGUUCAGCUGCACAUUCACGGCGGAUCUGAGAACCAGCAUUUAUACCUGCAAUGUUGUAGAAAAGGUGUCGCUCACUUACGCGUCCAAGCCAGUCGGCACCUUGAAGGCGCUGAUCGACGCUGGGCUGCUCAAGAGUCCCCCGCCCUUGCUUGUUUCGGUUCAAGUUAGCGGUGUCACGACCAUAAAGGGGACUCUCUCAGCCACUGCGACCAGCUACUGA